AUAAUCUUUAUUCAAGCAAGGAGCUAUUUAGGACAUCCUCUUGAGCGCCGGCGCUGCAUGCAAAGGCAAGGCCGGUGGUAAAUAUCGAAACACGCGUUAUCAAUGAUUCUCCAUUCUCAGAGAAAGCCAGCCAGCUAGCCGCUCGCUCAUUAUACACGUUUUCGCUGAAUAUCUACCAGCACUUUUGAAGUUCUUGAACUACUGAAACAUCCCCAUUGCAUCGAACAUGUUUCAAUGGCUUUCUGGAAUCUUUCAACGUGGUCAACCAUGGAGGAGACGUGUUUGUUACUCAGUCAUGAGCAAAGAUGUUAUUGUACUCUCAGGCCUAGGUAGUCAUGGCAGUCAUCAUAGUCAUUCGUGUGUUCCAACCUCAGGGAAUGCCUCAUUAAAAGCAAGAAAUCAAAAUUACACGACUGUCAAUAGUCUGCAUUUGACUGGCCUCCAUUCAAAACAUCAUAAAAACUGUCUACAUGUACAUGUAUGUGGCCUGAGUUACCACAUCGCAAAAUGUUCUAGCAUUUGGGCGAGUGUGCAUGUACCUGUGCUUCGUUGGGUACAGAAAUCAGUCAACUGUCGUAAGCCUACAUUUACAUGUCAUAAAAGAUGUCAUGCUUCUAAGGCAGCAAAAAGAGGUAAAGGAAGCAAACAGCAAUCAGAGGACACAGACUCGGAUGAGGACAUCAUUGAAAGGGAUGAAGAUGAUCUUGAGAGAGACUGGGAUCCAGAGAUUGAUGGCAAGCUUGAGGACUCAGGAGAGGAGGCAGGGAAUUCUAAGGAGUGGAAGGAGAUACAACAGUUUGUCCCAUCUUUAAGAUUGGAUGCUGUACUGAGUGCUGGAUUAGGUGUUUCAAGAAAGAAGAUAGAAGAAGCAUAUCUUGGGGCAAGACUGAGAAUUAAUGAGGAAAAAGUGGCCAAAAAAAGCAAACAGGUGAAAGAGGGAGACAUCUUAGAUAUGAUCCUGGAACGAAGCUCACCCUCAGCGGCAAAGGCUGGAGAUACAAACAGUGACGGAUUAACAGUUAUGAGAUUGCAUGUUAUGGAGAUAGCAACUGAUCGAACCGGCAGGGACAGGAUACCGGUGCUUCUAAGAAGAUGGAAGAAUCUGAAAAUUGCUAAAGAGAAGUAAAUUUGACUUGUAUGUGUUUAAUGCUUUGUACAGUUGUGCAUUCAGAACUGGACUUCACUGGACUAUAAAAUGGGAAGCCAUUAUUGUGAUUCAUCCAAAUCUUAAGACAUACAUCUGGCAUGUCACUAAGCAAUGAAUUGUUUUAAAUUGUUUUUUUAAGCGCAAAAAAUGGGCCAGUAUUAUAUAAGACAUCUAAAUCAAAGUUUUCUCUUAAUUUUUUUUCUCAUAUUGAAUGUUAUAGGACUCUCCAAAGUUGAAAGUCAACUCAUGGAUAAUACACAAAUAGUUACAUUGGGAUGCUAGAUUUGACUUUGAUCAAGGCAUUUGGCUUGUCCUAUCGCAGAUACAGUCAACCUGUCAUUUAAUUCAAUGUGAUUUUAUUCAAAUCUAACUUGCAAAAGGCUUAUUGCAGUUGAUCAAUUUUCAAUAAAUUCGGCUAAUGCAGUCGGCUAACUGCAUA